AUUAAACCUUGGGUGCGACGAACUCUUUUGGCCUUAGAAAGCCACUGACACUGUCGCUUUCUCUCUCUCUUAAUCGCUGUACUGUAUUCGUUUUCUCUGCAACCAGUGGUUGCCUUAAUGAAGUUGUUUAUUGAUGGAGAAUCAAGCAAAUAAAGCUGCUUAUUGCUGAGUCCAGAAGAGAAAGAGAAGAAAACCGAACCAAAGAUGCGGAGAGAGAUCUCGCUUAUGGUUCAGCCACGAAGUCUUCUUGUUUUGAUUCUCAUCUUUAUUUUCCUCGUUUACGCCUUUACUAUACAUACCAAACCGGAGGAAAAUAAGGUGGAAGAGGUGUAUGAAAUUACGCACAGAGUGUACUUGGAUGUUGAUAUUGAUGAACAGCGUUUAGGUAGGAUCGUUAUUGGAUUGUAUGGACAGGUUGUUCCUAAAACUGUUGAAAAUUUCAGGGCAUUAUGCACAGGGGAAAAAGGGAAGGGGGCUAGUGGGAAACGUCUUCACUACAAGGGAACACCAUUUCAUCGUAUCAUAUCCGGGUUUGUUAUUCAAGGUGGAGAUAUUGUUCAUGGUGAUGGAAAGGGAAGUGAGUCUAUCUAUGGUGGCACCUUUCCUGAUGAGAAUUUUAAGAUUAAGCACUCACAUCCAGGUGUUGUUUCCAUGGUGAAUUCAGGACCUGAUUCCAAUGGUUCACAAUUCUUCAUCACCACAGUCAAGGCCGGUUGGUUGGACGGGGAACAUGUUGUAUUUGGCAAGGUUGUUCAAGGCAUGGACACCUUGUAUGCAAUUGAAGGCGGAGCCGGAACCUACAGUGGAAAGCCUAGAAAAAAGGUCACAAUUGCCGACUCUGGAGAGAUACCCAAGAGCAAGUGGGAUGAGGAAUGAUGAGGCUCCUUUGUUCAUAAACAAGAAGUUCCUCAGUUUUGAGUUUGCUAAUGUUUUUAGGUAAUUGAUUCACUUUUGUUUCUCAUUGUAUUAUGUUCAUGAAAUUUAAUUAAAUCUAGACAUAGGUACCGCUUGGAAAAAUUGUAUGUGCUUUGUGGGCUUUCUGUAUCCAGCAACCGUUAUAGAUUCAAAUAUGUUUAUUAUUAGGCAAUGAAAAGGAAUUGAUAUUGUUCUUAA